UCUCUUCGCAUCCUUCGUUUGUGUCUUCCGUUGUUCAGCUCGGGAAAAAGGCUUGACGAUGUAUGACAAAGGAGUAAUAUUGUGUACAGUCUGGUGUGCGGUUCUCGUUGCUGUUAUGUCGCAAGGGCAGGAGGUGUUUAUUAAACCGCUAGAGAUAAUACAGUGUGAGGAACGUGCAAAGGACGAGCCUGUUAACCAGACUUUGGCGGCUGAGGCCUGCAUGCGGACGUACUUUGUCGACCGACUCCAACAUAACGUCAUGAAUCAAGACGAUAAGGAUUUUUUCGAACGAGAAUUCGUCAACAAAACAUUUGGAAAGAAACCGCCCCCUAGCGGCUACAGAGUACGACGCGACAUUCGGGUUCUCAACGUCACGGAACGACGGAAGGUAUUCCGGGCAUUCGACGUUUUAUACAAGACUGGCGUGAUGGCCAGGUUCGGCCGUGCCCACUGGACUGAAGUUCACCGGAAGCAUGGCGGAGCCGGAUUCCUGCCCUGGCACCGCGUUUUUACAGCGGCGCUCGAGGAGAUGCUCAGAGAAGUCGACCCAGAAGUGUCUCUGCCCUACUGGGACUAUUCGUUGGACUACUACAUUCCACUUCCGUCUGAUUCUAUCGUCUGGAGCAGGUGUUUCUAUGGCAACGGUACCGGCACCAUCACAGAUGGUCCCUUCCGAUACAUAUACGGCGGCUAUAAUAUGCCGAUAAAACGCAACAUCGCACGUCAAGAAGCGUCUAGACUUAUCAGUAAGGCGGACAUUGCCAGACUCAUGGAGUUUUGCCAUUUUGCGAACAUCACGACCGGAAAGCAUCAGUACGACCAAGGUCGGUCACACAACCUAGAAUUUCUGCACGAUGGCGUGCAUGACUGGGUGGGCGGAGAUAUGGGCAAUCUGGGGACGGCGGCUUACGACCCCAUUUUCUUCAUGCACCACGCCUUCAUCGACUACAUCUGGGAGCAGUUCAGGCGCCGACAGUCUUCUAAUGAGUGCAACGUAGACGCCGAGAAAGACUACCGUGAACCAGGCGACUACUCAGUCGAGGACGACAAAAUCGCCCUCCAACGCCUCACGGACGAAAUGCAUGUGUUCAAUCAUCUUCAAAUCCGCGAUGGGCUCUGGAACAACUGGACAACAACCGUGUACGGCUACGAACUGGCGCCGAAAUGCCCCGAAUGCGGCAAUUCGGAGAACCUCUACUGCAAUAUAACUUUCGACCCGAGACGACCGGAAGGCGUCUGCGUGUCAAAGACAAGUCACUUCUGCGUCGACCCACCGUUUGAUACAUUCGAUAGGGACACAUCGCACAACACGCCGCUAGGUGACGGGGCGAUAUUGUCGCUGGGCCCUAGACUCGUAGGGAUACAAGGCGACGGUCGAACGAGAUUCAUGUCGCAAGAAGAGGGCCUCGUUCGUCUUAGAAAGCAACUUGCUCCCGACAUACCCACAACGUCAACACAGGUUAUUCGUGAUAAUCGUGGUUCUGCAAGCAUCUCCGUACUAGCAAUACUAUCGUCUGUGCUUGGAAUAUUGGUGGUUACAAUGGGCUUAUAUAUUCGCAAAAUCACAAGACAACUUCAAUCGAUCGAACGUGGUCCACCCUUGAUAAAAUUGCGCAAGAACUCGUAGGAAGACACCACGGAACAGAUGUAGCGAGAAACAUGGGGGACAAUAGUGAACAACUGAAACUCGGUAUUCGACUGACUUAAAAAAUCUGCUUACUGUUUCAAAUGCUGGUAUCUAGAAAUGUCUACUCUGAAGAUAAUAAGCGCGCAUGAAGGAUGUAAUGGAACCAUGUGGGUGUUUAAAAAGUACUAUGAAAAUGUAAACACCAAUAAUUAAUAAUACGAUCAUAACAUAAUGUAACCAUUCUUUUGAAACUUAUGUUUAAGAGAAUAUAUAUGAAUUGUAAAUGUAGUAGUAAUAUGAAUAUAAUCUAAAGAUUUUGUCAAGUGGUUAUUAAAAGUCUUCUUAUUUUUGUUUAUAUGAAUAUGUAUAUGCUGAUAUGUAAAUCAUGUGGUAUGAUGUAUUUAAGUCUAUCGAUUAACACAAUAUUGCUAUAAUAGUUCAAGCUUUUUGAUGCAAAUCGCUUACAUUCAAGAGUUAUUGUAUUAUUGUUAACAAGGUUUUUUAUAUGCGAGGUCACAGGGUGUGUUGUGAGUAGUCAUCGUGUGGUGUCAUGUGAGUAGCCUGGAUGUGUUGCUAUAUUAGGCCCUAAGGUGUGUUUCUAUAUGAUGACCAAUUAAGAUUGCUUUGCGAAGACUUAUGGUGUGAUGAUGUGUUUUAUCUCUGAGAGGACACAGGAAGUGUUUCUAUGUAAGAUCCAUGGGUGUAUUCCUUUGUGCUGACUUAAGCGUUUUCGUUACACAAGAGCUCCAGGUUGUUUCGAAAUGUGACGACCAGAUGUGUGUAUUGAUGAAGUGUCUCUAUAUAAAGAGUUAAUAUGUGUUUCAAAGUAAGAGCCCAAUGUAUUGAUAUCUGAUGUUACAUGUUGUGUUGUGUGUGAGGAUAUAUGGUCUAUCUUAUUUGAGGACACAGAUAUGUGUUCCAAUACGAUGACAAAGGUAAUCUUUUAAUGUGAGGACAUACGGUUUGUCGCUGUUUAAGGAGCUGUGCAUGUGUUGCUCUUUCACGACCCACAACGUUAUUUUGUAAGUACGAACGCAUGCUAUUACUCUAAGUUUGAUUCUAUCUAGAGACCUUUGCAUGGCCGAAGACAAAUAGCGUGAUGACAUGCGAGAAACACAUGCGUGUUGCUAUGCGAUGAUCCAGAAGUGUGUCGAUAAGUUAGUUCAAGUGUAUGUUGCUUUGUGAUAAAACAUGAUGUGUUGCUAUGUGAGGACAAAUACUAUGUUGUUAUGUUUGAUAUAGGGGUUGUUUCUAUGUAAGGUUUUAGUGAAUGGCACUGUCUGAUGACCAAAUGUAUGCUGUUAUUUGUGGAUUCGGGUCGUGUGGUUAUGUAUGGAUUAUGGUGUGGUAGUUUGGGAGUACGCCUCGUGUACGAGUCCAGGUGGUUUGCCUUUACCGUUCUAAGACGAUGAUUACAUUGUGAUCCUUUUAUGUAUUGUUCUGUUAUGCAAGAAGUGGAAAAACAUACUACUUUCUCUAUGUAUAUAUUUCUGGAGCUAUUCUUUGUUAUAUAAAACACUACUAUCGUUGAAUUCUGCUGUGUGGAUGCAGUAAAACAUAUCAAAUACACAUCGUUAGUGCUGUAACAUUUCAGUCGUCAGAGGCUUAAAGUGAUAUAAGACGCAUUUUUCACUGUUGAAUUGAGGUGCAAAAGAAUUAACAGGUCAAAAUAGUAAGUUAAAAUGUGGUAACCGUCCAAUUAUCUACAACUAAUCUUGCUACCAGUUGUUUAUAAAAAAUAUAAUUUAUAUUCGAUAUUUUACAUAACUGUCCAAAUCCUCUAAGCCGAGCGGAAAUGUCUUUUUAUUAGGAUCGGAGUUAGUGAUCGUGUGUCGUAUGAAUAGAUAUCGUUGCAGGAAAUUUAAAUGAUCUUUCAUACAAAAUUGUGUCUUUGUGUCGUAUUAACUAAUCUGCACUAAAACUAAAUUUAGAUUUACAUCGUACAUGCAUGAUCAGUUGUCAAACGAAAGUACGGUUGAUAUUCAAAUUCAUUAUUUUUCGCUUUCCGGGAUUUUUUUUUAGUAUGUUAAUGCUUCAUUAACAAAUAUAAAUGUAUAUGAAGUGAAAACACCAACAAUAAACGACGGUUGCGAUAGACACCUAUUAACAUAGCAUAUCCUGUUAGAUGCGUCUAAUAUCACUUUAACGCAAAAUAGCCUUUUUGCUAUGUGCAUAACAUAACUUUACGCUGUUUCUAACACACAAGUUUCGAGCCGAUUCUCUGUAGAUACAUCUUUAUACAAGUUAUUAUUUGCUUAGAUGACCAUAUUUGUUUGUAUAUUGGUAACAUUUUCAAAUUUAAUUCCUUUAAUGUUUCUGAGUGCCGUGAAUAACGGAAAAUAAUUCACAAAAAAGAAAGAUGAUGUAUCGAAAGCCUGUGUAAAGUAUAAAGUAAUUAUAAGUCCCGGAUUUUUGAAAAGGUCUUUAUGCAGUAAGAUAUCAAAUACAAGUCUUGUAUUUUACCUAUCCUUUUUUUUAACUUGUUGGGUUAUCAAAAAAUAAAUUAAAUUGUAAAGAACUGUUGUGAUGUGGUAAUAAUUGUCACUGACGCUAUUUAAUACAACAUUUCAAUGUCUUUAAUAGCUGAUAUUUUAAAAGUAAAUUAUGUAUUGUGGUUAAUCUAUCGGUUUUUAGGUGAUUAUUACGUCAUUUUGGGUAACAUACAUAGAUCCUGGCGUAAACGCAUUAUUCAGACUUCUUCAACAAUUGAAAAACGUAAAUCUGUUAAGAAUACUAUAACAAAUUGUCCAAUAAUUUGACUAAAACUAAUUGUGUUGUUAUUUUAACGGUCAUGUUCUCUUUUAUUUUGUUUUCUUCUCCUCAAAACACUAGAUAAUGAUGUUGUUGAACGCUCUGAUGAUUUACUUAUUUAUAAAACAUUGCACAUAAACGUUAGAUAUGUGUUUAAGUUAUGAACGUGUGGGUUCUAAAUGAAAAUUUGUAUUGUGUAUUAAAAAGGGUGUUCAUA